ACCAUUCUUAAAACCUGAUCUAACCCCACAUUCUCCAAUUCUUUCCGAUUUGAAAAUCUAGUAUAAGCUCAGAAUGAUGAUCGAUAUAUAAAACGGGAAGUUUCACUUUCCAUUGGUCACAGUUUGCUUAAGUGAGUGCCGGACCAUCAUGAUUUCUAUAUUACCGAAAGCAUCGACCUUUCGGGCGUUAUGGUUCCUUCUAGUCAUCUACCAGGUCCAGGCCACCUACAGGCUACAAGAGAGGUACGCCUGGAACUACAUCGACUAUGCCUUCAACGACAUCAAUCAUAAGGUUCAAGCUCAGAUAACGCGAAACUACAUUCCUGAAAACAAUCUCCCUGUCGGAAUUGAAGUAUGGAAUGACAAAAUGUUCAUUUCUGUACCAAGAUGGAAGGAAGGUAUACCAGCCACACUCAACUACAUCUCCCUCACAGACAACAACUCAAAAUCCCCUCCUCUAAUCCCCUAUCCGGACUGGAAAUCCAACGAGCUAGGAAACUGCAAUACCGGCAUGAACACAGUCUACAGAAUCAAGGCUGACGAAUGCAACAGGCUCUGGGUUCUCGACACCGGAACCUACGGUAUUGGAAACACCACUCAGCAGCUAUGCCCUUACAGCAUCAACGUCUUCAACCUCAGGACCAACCAGCGGAUCAGACGUUUCGAGAUCCCAGCUGAGUUGAUCAAAGAAGGCACCUUCAUCGCAAACACUGUUAUUGAUGUGGGAAAGAGUUGCGAUGAUACAUUCGCAUAUUUCAGCGACGAAUUGGCCUAUGGUAUGAUUGUGUACUCUUGGGCUGAAAACAGGGCUUGGAGAUUCAAGCAUGGUUAUUUCUUCCCCGAUCCUCUUGCCGGUAACUUCACCAUUGAUGGGUUGACCUUCAACUGGGAUGAGGAAGGUGUUUUCGGUAUGUCCUUGUCACCCCGUUACGUAACCGGUGAAAAGUACCUCUACUUCAGUCCCUUGGCCAGUAACAGGGAAUUUGCAGUAUCCACCAACGUCCUCCGUAACAGUUCCAAAGUUGAUGACAGCUACAAUGACUUCAUAGCCUUGGAAAACAGGGCACCAAACUCCCACACCACAGCCAGAGUUAUGGACGAUUAUGGUGUCCAACUAUUCAAUCUGAUCGACCAAAAUGCCAUAGGUUGUUGGAACUCCCUUCUUCCUUACCAUCCCAAGUACCACUGCGUCGUUGACAGAGAUGACGUCGGCCUUAUAUUCCCUUCAGACGUCAAAGUUGACGCACAUAGGAACGUUUGGGUGAUGUCGGAUAGGAUGUCGAACUUCCUUCAGGCUCCAGAAGGCCUUAACUAUAACGAGGUCAAUUUUAGGGUGUACAUGGCACCUAUGAAGGCUUUGAUCCAGGGUACCAUCUGUGAUGUAGGUUUGGAAGGCAGUCGCAGUUACCACGUCAACGAAUUGUUCGAAUAAGCAAUUCGAAUGAAGUGACAUUGUAUUUAUUUUAAUCGUUAAGUUUUUUCUCUGAGAGAAUUGUUUUGUUUUUGUUUUGAGUGAGAUUAAUUUCCAUGUAAAUUGACGCAAUAACUUUUGGAUCAAUAAAUUCUUAAAUUGUUA